CGACGGACAGUCCGUAUCACUCCUGGCUGUCGAUAAUCAGCAUGUAUCCCUUAAAUUGAAGGCUUGGCGAAAAAAAACACCACGCUACGAUGGAGACGGUAUCAUGCAGCACAAGAUUGGUCACGACACUGAUGCGGCACGCGAUGCAUACACCCUCUUUUGGAAGAGCAACCUUCGCGAGCAUUUCCAUAGCGCCGUUGAGGGUUUUCAGGCAGUGCUUGACCAAUGUCCCCAUGAUCAUGCACACCGCGCCGCAGCACUCUCAAAUCUCGCCCAUGCGAUCCUAUGUGGUUUCACCAAGUCCAUCGACAAUGAUAUUGACCGCGCGAUCCACCUUUUCCGCUCCGCACUCUCACACCGUCCCCGGGGACAUGUCGAUCAUCCGUUAUCCAUCCUUGACCUUUGCCAUGCUCUCUGUAGACGUCAUUCUCAUAAAAUGGACCAUGCCGAUCUCCGUGAGGCCGCGCAUCUUUACCGCUCUAUUCUGCCGCUUUUCCCCGAGGGCAGCCAUCUCCAUCGAGUAGUAUUCGAUACCAACGCUGUACCAUAUGUCAUCGAGCAGUGCAACGCGCUUCCUAGGGAUCCUUCAGACGAGAGCAUAUCGCUUCGGCGAAUUGUGCUCGAGCUCUGUCCGCCGCAGCACCCACGUCGUGCACGCUCACUAGACAAUCUUGCUGGCGACCUCUAUGCACGCUUUGAACGAGACGGCAAUAAAGACCAUUUCUACGAGGCUGUUCAUCUGUCACGUGAAGCA